GGUUGCGCCUGCGCGCGCAGCCUAUCGCCGCGCCGGCCUAGGGGACCUGCGCUGGCUGCUUUGAACUUGAGGUUGCAUCCUCUGCGGCGCGUGGGCCCUGAGAUGUGCCGCUGCCGGGUCCGUGCCAGCUGCAGACAUCUGUGGAGAUUAAGAAUACUAUGGAGUUCAUCAGGAUGUAUCACUGAAGAAUAUGAUGGCUGAAAACAAUUUAAAAAUGCUAAAGAUUGAUCAGUGUAUAGUAACCAACAAACUACCGAGAAAUAGGCCAUAUAUUUGCAAUAUUUGCUUCAAGCACUUUGAAACACCAUCAAAAUUAGCUAGGCAUUAUCUCAUUCAUACUGGUCAGAAGCCAUUUGAAUGUGAUGUGUGUCAUAAAACCUUUAGGCAACUAGUUCAUCUGGAGAGACAUCAACUAACUCAUAAUCUGCCUUUUAAAUGUAGUAUUUGUCAGCGCCACUUUAAAAAUCUCAAGACAUUUGUGAAGCACCAGCACCUUCACAAUGAAACCUACCAGAAUGAUGUUAAACAGGUCAGAAGAUUGCUGGAGGCCAAGCAAGAAAAACCAGUGUAUGGAGUGUAUCAUACUUUUACCACAGAAGAGAGAAGGGCAUUACACCCGUGUACUGUGUCCGAUCCUACCUACAGCCCUACAAAGAAAAGAAAGAGUAUUCACACAUGUACAAUCUGCAGCAAGAUGUUUCCGUCACAAUCAAAACUUGAUAGGCAUGCACUUAUUCAUACUGGUUUGAGGCCUUUUAAAUGUGUCCUGUGCAGUAAAUCUUUCCGACAGUCAACUCAUUUAAAAAUCCACCAACUCACACAUUCAGAAGAAAGGCCUUUUCAGUGUUGUUUCUGUCAAAAAGGAUUUAAGAUUCAAAGCAAACUUCUGAAGCAUAAACAAAUCCAUACCAGGAAUAAGAGUUUUCAGACUCUUUCAUUAAAGGUGAGGAGUCCAGAAUCAUGCCCCCUGCCUAAUAAAUUAAAUGCAAAACAGGAUGGUUUUGAAAAUGGUGAUAUAGGUGAAUCUGAGGAGAAUAAUCAGCUUGAUGUCCACUCUAUUUAUAUCGUCCCUUUCCAGUGUUCAGAGUGCGAAGAGUGUUUUGAAUCAGAGCAGAUUCUCAAUGGACACAAGUGUUUUCCUGCCAGAAGUGGCAAAAUUCCAAGCAGUUUCCAAAGAAGCCUCAACUAUAAAACCAUUGUUAAAAAAAUCUUGGCCAAGCUGAAACGUGUUGGGAGUAAGAAAUUAGAUAAUUUUCAAUCUGAGAAAAAAGUAUAUAAAAACGGUUUUUUAAAAAACUGUGAUUUUAUUUCUGGUGAGCCAAGCCCUGAACAAACCCAGAGAACAUUUAUGGGUUCUCUUGGGAAACAUGGAACAUAUAAGAAAGUUGGCAAUAAAAAGAAAAGAACAUUGACUUUGCAGUCUUCUUGGCAAAAACACUUCCAGAGCCAAAAUAUGGGAAAAAACUUUAAAGGUAUCCUGGUGACAGAAAACAUGUUAAGUAUGGAUAAUUCAGUGAAUAAUAAAGACAUAUCUAUCAAUGGUUCAUCAGGUGAGGAAUUCUUUGAAAACUGUGAGGUGCUUCAGUGUGAUUUUUCAGUUCCAAAUGAAAAUAUGCCUGCUGGACAUAAGAUGUGUCCUUGUGACAAAUGUGAGAAAGUGUUUCCUUCCAUAUCCAAACUACAAAGACACUAUUUAAUUCAUACUGGACAGAGGCCUUUUGGCUGUAAUGUUUGUGGGAAAUCUUUUAGGCAGUCAGCUCACUUAAAAAGACAUAAAUUAACUCAUACUGAAAAGGUUCCUUAUAGAAGAUCUCUUUGCCAAGUAGAAUUUGACAAGUUGAGCAAACUUUUCAUUCAUCCGGAUGAUAAUGUUAACUAUAAUGCUUCCCAACAGUGCCAGACUCUUGGUUUUCAAAAAUGUGAGGCCCCAGAGUCAGAUCAAACAUCAGAAAACAAAGGUAAGGCAGAAUCCGAGGAUUUCAUUCUUGGUACUCACUAUAGGAACAGGCAGCCCUAUCUCUCUCAUGCACUUCUGGAAUCAGAACAGAGCCACCAUAGCCACUGUUGUAGUUACUCAGGACAUACUGAGAAGAAUGAUGGCCUUCUUUACCAAUGCAGUGUUUGUUCUAAAAGUUUUAGAUCUCCAUCUAAACUGGAGAGACACUAUCUAAUUCAUGCAGGACAGAAGCCAUUUGAAUGCUCAGUUUGUGGCAAAACAUUCAGACAGGCCCCUCACUGGAAGAGACAUCAACUUACUCACUUUAAGGAACAACCACAAGAAAAAGUAGUUAUCUUAAAUUCUGUUAUAUAACUGGCAGACCCACUAACACUUUUAUGGUCUCUGGCGAUCUUGUUCUUAAAGCCUGUAUCAUUUAAAAUGUAUUUUUAUCAAAAGGCCUGCAUUAGGUUGAAUGAUUUUAAUAGGAAGUUGCUUGUCCUGCAACAUAGGUAAGAUACAUAGAAAAUGAAUACAAUGUUUUAGGAGCAGCCAACUUUUUAGAGAGAAGAACAUGAUUUGAUGCCAUAAAGUAAGCAUGUAUUUUAUUAUAAUAUAUACUUUGGCUGUAUUGAAAGUGUUAUAAAUCCAUGAUAUGGCACAAACAAUUCAGCCUCCUUUAUUUUUUAAAGGAAUUGUUCCUUGAGACAUGCCAUCUCUCUUUAGAUACAGUCAAAACUAAGAGGCAAAAAUUGGGUUUUGGCUGCAGCAAAUGGCUCCAUGAUACUUCAUUUAUUUUACAUUUCACAUGAAAGCACAAUUUUGUUCACUGAUGGCUGAAAUUCCAUUGCAUAGUUUUUUUCUUGUAAGUUUAAAAAAUAUAAAGGCAAUAAAAGGGAAAAUGGGUGAGAAUAUCAGCAUUAUUUUCACUUGUCAUUUCCAAGCUCUUUAUUCUUAGGAUUCUGCAGUAGCCACACCUCCUUUUUCACAGGUGAUUAGAAUCAGUUUUUUGCCCAGACUGCUGUUGUCUUUCUCAAAAUAAUUUAAAAAUAGGAGCGAGGCUAGGAUGCACCUCCACACAUUUACAUGUUAUCAGGAAUAUUGUCCAAGUGCCAUAAUCUUUUUGAUGAUACGUAUGCAGUGUUAUAUUUUCAGAGGAAUAAAUUAAUUUGUUUGCUUAUUAGUGAUUGAUAACAGUUGAUUUUUACAUUUACUUCAGCAGAACUUUCAACGUUUCUUAAUUGAGUGGUCCUAUGACUUACCUAAAUAUAUUCUAUUAGGUUUGAUCAAUAUUCUAUUAGGUUUGAUCAAAACGCAAUGACUAUGUCUAGUUACAGUUUUUAUUCCUCUGUUUUUUGCAAGAUUCUGAUGCUAAAGAAUGUUAUUUUGAUCCUUAGUAAAUUGUUAUUUUAAUUAGUAAUUAUUCCUGUUCAGGAAUAAGAUGCUAGUAGAAUUGAGAGGGUCAUUCUUCUAAACGGUACUGUCAUAAUUUGGGAAAUACUUCAUCUUAAACUAUAGAAGACAUCACAAAAUGCCUUUCAUAUUUGCCAUUUUUUUAUAAAAACCUAGCAAUAAACAAAAAAAAUUACCAUUAUCUUUGUAAGGUAAAAAGAAUAGGUAGGACUUUGUCCUGUCACUCUUAAAUACAGUGAUAAGUCGUCUAUGGAGAAUGGAUAAAUGAAAAAUUUUAAGUUUUUCAUCAUACUACACGAACUAUGUGUGGGGAGAGGGGUCUGCUUACCUGUUUUAUAAGUGAAAUUUUGAGAAAUGGGUUAAUUUACAGAGAUGAAACAGCGCAGUACAGCUAAAAUGCCCAAUGAUGUACAAACGUGCAGGAGAAUCAUGUUUGGAGGAAGUUCUAGGUGUCCUUGAGAUUCAUUCCUCCAGUGCAAACAAGGUGGUUUAUAGAAUCUGCUUAUGCAAAACUUUUCAAAAACAUUACAGUAAAGCAAGUAAUAAGUCCAUAUUUUCUAAGAAUAAAGGUUCAAGGGAUUUUUUUUCUUUUAUGUCUAAAAUGAUGUAUUUUGGGAUUUUCCUAAGCUACUAAUAUAAUUUUGUUUGAAAUAAAUGUCUUACAUAUUUCUCUCCCAACCCAAACAGGGAGAGUCCUUCACAGUGUUGUGCUUGUAUGAUUAUUAGAUUUUAUUUGCCUAAGUGGUACUAUACUUUUUUUGGCCCAUGCCUUUUUAAGCUGUUUCAUAUUGAAAGUGGGAAUACUGUACAAAUUUUGUCAAAGAUGUACUGUAGUGCUAUUCGAAGUACCUGUAACAAAAUACUUAUUUACCUUUACUACCACUGCAAGCUUCUUGUGGAAUCUUAUAGGAGUGAAAGUAAACUGUAUACACCCAUACUAAGAUUAAAUGUUAGAUAUUAAAUGAUGAUUUGCUGCAUGCCAGAACUGUUAGUGUUGUUGAAUCAGUUAUAUUGGUUUUCUGAAAAAAAUAAACUUUAUAAACAUCUUUAAAGAGAAA